AUGUCUUACUCCUCCUUGGCAGUCAAAUACUUCACAGCCCCCAAACCACUCGGUGAUUCCAUGGAUGCCGACACAAACAAAAAGUCUGGGUCUGAGCCCCAAGGUCACACGGUUGUGAGACCAAAUCUACCGGCCGAAUCCUCCUCCUCGGAGGUUGCUGAACUUCACAAGCCCAAGAGUCAGGGCUUGACUUUCGCAAACCAGGAUUCACUGCCUAAACUUCCCAUCCCAGAUUUGGAGGAUACGUGUCGCAGGUACUUAGAUAGUCUGCAGGGCUUGCAAAGUCCACGUGAGCAUGAAGAGACCAAGUCUGCUGUUCGCGACUUUCUAAAGAAUGAUGGCCCUGUUCUGCAAGAGCGACUCAAGACCUAUGCUGGUUCAAAGACGAGCUAUAUUGAGCAAUUUUGGUAUGAUUCUUAUUUGAAUUUCGAUAAUCCUGUUGUUUUGAACCUCAAUCCAUUUUUCCUUUUGGAAGACGACCCAACUCCAGCCAGGAAUCACCAGGUCACUCGAGCUGCGUCACUGGUGGUUUCAGCAUUGGCAUUUGUUCGAGCUGUGCGUCGAGAGGAGUUGCCUCCUGAUAGCGUGCGAGGAACACCUCUUUGCAUGUAUCAGUACUCGCGACUUUUUGGAACGGCACGUGUGCCUACCGAUAAUGGCUGUGUCAUUAGCCAGGACCCCUCGGCUAAACACAUGGUUGUUAUGUGUCGAGGGCAGUUUUACUGGUUUGACGUCUUGGAUGACAAUAGCGAUUUGAUCAUGAGUGAGAAGGAUAUCUCGCUUAACUUGCAGGUGAUCAUUGAGGAUGCGGCUCAAACCCCGCUUCAUGAGGCUGCCAAGGGUGCUUUGGGUGUGCUCAGCACGGAGAACCGGAAGGUUUGGUCGGGGCUACGCGAUAUCAUGACGAAAGAUUCCAGAUCUAACAACGCGGAGUGCUUGAACAUUGUCGAUACCGCGCUUUAUGUCUUAUGUUUAGACGACACAGAGCCAUCCACCACGGCUGAUCUUUGUGCUAACAUGCUUUGUGGCACAAGCGAAGUCAUCAAGGGUGUCCAGGUUGGAACCUGCACCAACCGAUGGUACGACAAACUGCAAAUCAUUGUUUGCAAGAACGGCAGUGCAGGUAUCAACUUCGAGCAUACUGGUGUCGAUGGCCACACGGUGCUACGAUUUGCCAGCGACCUCUACACCGAUACUAUACUCCGUUUCGCAAAGACCAUCAAUGGCCAAUCCCCAAGCCUAUGGGCCACCAGCAGCCCCGAUCCAGCAAAGCGUGACCCGCACAGUUUCGGAAACGUUAGCACGACACCGCGUAAACUAGAAUGGGAUAUGACACCGGAGCUUAACAUCGCACUCCGCUUCGCUGAAUCUCACCUCUCCGAUCUGCUCUACCAACACGAAUUCCAAGUCUUGGACUUCGAAGGCUUCGGCAAGAACUUCAUAACCUCAAUGGGCUUCUCUCCGGAUGCAUUCAUCCAGAUGGCCUUCCAGGCCGCCUACUACGGCCUCUACGGCCGACUCGAGAACACCUACGAACCAGCCAUGACAAAGAUGUUCCUGCACGGACGCACGGAAGCCGUGCGCACCGUAACACCCGAAUGCAUAGACUUUGUCACAGCAUUCUGGGGCGAGAACGCCGCCGAACAAAAGGUCGACGCCCUCCGCACCGCAUGCCAAAAACACACCGCCGCCACAAAGGAAUGCUCAAAGGGCCAAGGCCCAGACCGCCACCUCUACGCCCUCUACUGCCUCUGGCAACGCUCCUUCGACGAGGGUCUCUUCCCAGACUCCAGCUCAACAGGCGGGUACUCCAGUCCUGGCGAAACGCAAUCCCAAACCCAAAGCCAGGGUCCCGAAUCACCGAAAACUUCCUACUCCUCCCCCUCAGAAGACAGUCUCCCCUCGGGAAGUAGCGCGCGCGCCUAUCGCACAACGGCGCCCACGCCCGCGAUUUUCGCCGACGCAGGCUGGGACAAGAUUAACAACACCGUGCUGUCGACUUCAAAUUGCGGAAAUCCGUGUCUACGACACUUUGGCUUUGGCCCCACAUCCGCCGACGGCUUCGGUAUCGGAUACAUUAUCAAGGAUGACUCGCUUUCGAUUUGCGCAAGUUCCAAGCACAGACAGACGUCGCGACUUAUGCACACGCUUGAGUCGUAUCUGUUUGAGAUUCGGAAGUUGUUGCGCGCAACGAAUCGCAAGCCGAGUCCGCGCACCAGUCGUGCGAGAGAGACGGAGGCGCUUGCCGAGAGUGCGCAGUCCGAGUUGCAUCGGCGUGGGAGGAUUGUUAGAGGUGGGGGUGCACAGGGUAUUGAUACGCCUACUUCGGCUGCUGAUAGUAGUUAUUUGGAGGAUGAUGGAAUGGGCGGAUAUGGCUUCUUUGAUGCUGGUAUGCUACUUCAUGCGCUCAAGGGCCUCAGUGUGGACCGGGAACAACGUGGAGAGAAGCCUGCUCGGCGGAGGCGCUUCACAACUACCCCCCGCACCGCCAGUUAUGCGGACACUCUGCCAAACCUCAAGAUUGGCGCCCACACGAGAGUAUUAUUCCAGGGAUUUACAGGGAGACAAGCAACUGCCAAUGUCAAGGAAUCUCUUGAAUGGGGCACUAAGAUCGUGGGAGGUGUCAAGCCCGGCGUUGAAGGCGAGCAUUUAGGUCUACCAGUCUUUCCAUCUGUCAAAGCGGCUCAAGAACGGGCGAAACCUGAUGCAUCUGCAAUCUAUGUUCCGGGUAAUCAGACAGCCAAAGCUAUCGAAGAGGCUAUUGAAGCGGAAAUUCCGCUCGUCGUGGCUGUGGCAGAGCAUGUGCCUAUCCACGACAUCCUUCGGAUCCACUCCAUGCUUCAAACCCAAUCCAAGACCCGUCUGGUAGGUGCAAACUGCCCGGGCAUUAUAUCUGCCAUCGGCAAAUGUCGAAUCGGCUUCCAGCCAUUGCCCUGCUUCGCGCCGGGCAAUGUCGGUAUCGUGGCUAAAUCGGGGACAUUGAGCUAUGAAACUGUCGCGUCGACGACACGGGCUGGACUUGGUCAGAGUCUUUGUAUCAGUAUGGGCGGGGACGUAUUGGCAGGCACGAAUUUUGUCGAUGCCCUCACACUCUUUGAGAAUGAUCCUGAUACGAGGGGAAUUAUCUUAGUUGGUGAGAUUGGGGGUACGGCGGAGAUGGAUGCUGCUGAGUGGAUUAAGGACUAUCGACGGAGGACUGUUGAUCCAAAACCCAUUAUGGCCCUUGUUGGCGGGCUAGAAGCACCCCCUGGACGAAUCAUGGGACAUGCUGGUGCUUGGGCUGCGCCGGGGGAACCAGAUGCCGAAACUAAGUAUCAAGCUCUUGAACGUGCUGGCGCGGUCAUGGUCAACCACCCCGAGAAGUUUGGCGAAGGAAUGAAGACUUUGUUCGCGAAUCAAUCUGCUCGUCCGGGUAUAAGUUCAAUGCCCAGGGCUAGCUCACACAAGCGUGGCUUUCAUACUAUGAGGCGAGUUACGCCAAUUCCAAACCCGACAGGUAAACUCAGGCGUAACCUGUACAUUAAGCAGUUCCAGGCAUUUGAUAUCCUCAAGCAGAAGUCUGUCCCAGUCAAUGACUCGGCUUCCGGCCUCGAAAGUUCUGUUUCUAUUUCCAUUGCAGUCGACCGAACAGCGUUGUCACCAUGCAUCAUCGCCUCGCCAACUUCCGACUUUGAUUCAGCUCAGUCGCGAAAGUUCCCAUUUCCUUACACUCAGAACAAGUUGGAAACCUCCACCACCACUGCCGUUGCCUCACACCUGGGUCUCCCAGCGUCUGUUCAUAAGCAGCUCUCAAGCUUUGUACAAACGCUAUGGGAGAUUUACAAAGAAAAAGAGGCAUUUACACUAGAAACAAAGAUUGGCAUCUCUACUGAUGGUGCUUUGGAGGUCCGCGAUGCGCGUUUUGGCUUCGACGAUGCUGCAUUCCGUAGUUCCGGCCGACAGGAAGACAUUCACAGACUUCGAAAUAUAUCCGAAGAGGUCCCGGAAGAGGUUGAAGCCGAAAAAGACGGAAUUGUCUACGUCAAGUUGGAAGGCGAAGGCAGUGUUGGCACACUUGUCAAUGGAGCCGGCCUUGCCAUGAACACGGUCGACGCCCUCACUAUCCACGGCGGCCACUGCGCGAACUUUCUUGACACCGGUGGCAAGGCUACUUCGGAGACGGUCAAGGCGUCGUUUCGUGUGAUUUGCUCUGAUCCGCGCGUCAAAGCUGUCUUUGUUAAUAUUUUUGGCGGACUUACCCGCUGCGAUAUGAUUGCCGAGGGUAUUAUCUUGGCUUUCCGGGAUUUGAAUAUGAAGGUUCCAGUGGUUGUGCGACUGCGAGGUACAAAUGAGGAACUGGGGCAGAAGAUGAUUGCGGAGAGUGGUCUUCCCUUGCAUGCAUUUGAUGGAUUUGAGGAGGCUGCAAAGAAGGUUAUCGCAUUGGCGAAGGGCCAAUAG